GAAUCCCGCCUUCGCAACCUCUUCUGUCACUCUCCAAUGACCAAUUUUCUGUUCAAAGUUCCUCUGCGUAUCUUUGCUCAAGAUCUCCAGAAGUUUGCAGGGAACGACACCACAAUUGCCCGCAAAUUCCUCUCUUCUCUGUCUGAAAUCUCUGAAUCAACCAACAAUCGGACGAUCGACUACCUUGUUCAUACCCUUGGAUUCUCCAAGGACUCAGCUCUCGCCGCUGCGAAGCGAAUCCAUCUCAAAACUACUGCAAAUCCCGACUCUGUCAUUGCUCUCUUCAAGGCCUAUGGAUUCACACUGUCCGAUACUGCCAGCAUCUUUUGCAGAAAUCCUCAUCUCCUCCUUGCUGAUCCGGACACAACACUCAAACCUAAGUUUGAGUUUCUCUCUCGAAAUGGUUUCACCGGUCAUGUUCUCGUCGAUGUGAUCUCUAGGGACCCGGAAAUUCUUAGAAGGAGUUUGAAGAAGCAGAUUGUUCCGUGUAUUGAUUUUCUCAGAAAUUUUUUUGGCUCUACUGAUGUUCUAGUCUCGCUCUUUUCUGCUAGACGUGGGACUUGGGUUUUGCGCAAGUUUUCAGAAUCUGUGGCUCCCAAUAUCGAACUAUUGAGAGCUAUUGGCGUGCCUGAUUCGAAGAUCGCGAAGAUCUUUUGGGUGCGCCCGUGGACACUAGCAAGGGAUGCGGAAGAGUUCAGUGACAUCGUCGAGAAGACGAAGGAAGCUGGUUUUAGUCCUUCGAGUCCGAUGUUUAUUUAUGGGCUGUGUACGUUUUCAGGGAUGAAAAAGGACAAAUGGUUAUCGAAACUGCACAUUUUUACAAGUUUUGGGUGGUCAGAGGAGCAGUUUCAAUCUCUAUUUCUCAAGCAGCCCACGUUUAUGAAUUCGUCUGAAGAGAAAAUAAAGAGGGCCUUGGAUUUCUUUAUGAACAAAUUGGACUGGACGCACGAAGAAAUUUCCAGGUACCCAAUUGUACUUUAUCUUAGUUUUGAAAAAAGGGUGGUUCCGAGGUCGUCUAUUCUUCAGCACCUGGUGUCAAAAGGUUUUAUCAAGAAGACAAGUUUUGGCAGAGCAUUUAUGAUUAGCGAGGAUAAGUUUUUGGUCAAGUUUGUGAUGCAGUAUCUUUCUGAGGACCCACAUCUACUUGAGAUGUACCAGAAGAAGAUGGCAGUUUUAUAAACGCUUGGAGUGCAAUUCAGGUGAAGGCAAGGUGUCAAAACCAUGUGCUAUCUACAUUUUUCAGGUAAAGGUAAGGCGCCAAUGUACGGUUGACGGCGGACGGCAGACGCCGGAGCUAAGGACACCAUAGAAGUAGGAUAUUUUUAGGAGUUUACGCUUUAUUUGAUGUUUUAAGUUAUAGCAUUAAGUAUUAUGGAAGGUUUUGUUUUCGGAGAUAUGUUUGUUUUGGAUUUAUGAAUAUUUGUUAAAGAAUGUUAUGUUUUUUCAAAAUUAUUAUUUAUACAUGGGUGAUGUCACUCAUCCAGAUUUAGAAAAGAAAA